GAACACCUCGUUAACGUCUUUUGUUGAGAUAAGAAUAAGGAGAGCCGGAUAUUGUCGUUAUACCCCGGGUUGGAAGCGUACUGUUCGUAGUACUCGUAUACAUUGCUGGCGGAUGAAGAUAUAUAGUCGUCGCUUUAUAUAUUUACAAUAACUGUUAAUUGUACUAUAUAUUCAUUCGCGUCCUAAGCGUCAAUUUUUUUCUAGCGGUAUUGUUGGGAAAAGGCGCGAUUUAAACGGCGUUUCGUCACUUGCGGCGCUAACUCACUCCGGCGUUUCCACAUUUUCCCAGGCGCGCGAACAACCUGGAAGUCAUGAAGAUUUUCAUUGGCAACGUGGACGACCGGACCACCCAGGACGAGCUGAGCGCCUUGUUCGAGAAAUAUGGCACGGUGGUUAGCUGCGCCGUAAUGAAGCAAUACGCGUUCGUCCACAUGCGGGGGACGGAUAACGCCAUGAAGGCUAUCGAGGAGCUGAACGGUCGGGAGCUCCACGGCAAAAAGAUGGUGGUGGAGCUGUCCAAACCCAGGCCUUCCAACACUUGCAAGAUAUUUGUGGGAAACGUUAGCACGGCCUGCGAUGUUUCCGAGCUCCGCAAAAUGUUCGAGGCGUACGGGAGGGUGGUGGAGUGCGACGUGGUGAAAGACUAUGCGUUCGUUCACAUGGAGAAAGAAACUGACGCUAGGGAGGCCAUCAAGAAGCUGAAUGGGAAAGAGCUUAAAGGCAAAAGGAUUAAUGUGGAACUUUCCAACAAAACCCAGAAGCCUAUGAGUGCUAAUGGUAGCUCUCACGGUUACCGCUCACGCAGGUCGCAUGAUCCCAGAGAGCCUCCACAAGGCCGCCCUGAUCCUUACGAUCGCAGGAGAGCCACAGAAGCGGCGUACGCCUCAUAUGCGCUUAAAUCCCCGUACGAGCGUCAUGCAGAAUCGGCUCGUUAUGGCUCCUAUGAAAACCGCCCCCGCCCCCCUUCCCCAAUGUACUACUCAAGAGACAGGAGCCCUAUGCGGAGAUCACCAUCCCGACAAUCCUAUACGGCUGCAGACGCAUCAGCUGUCUUAGCAUCGGCGUACCGAUCCCAAGGUGGGCUGGCGUCCGCCUAUGGGAACCAAAACGCUGCAGCAUUGGCCUCUGCUUAUGGAAGCCAGCCUGCCGCCGCCUAUGGGGGCCAGCCCAAUGCUUAUGGUUGCCAACCCAAUGCCUAUGGUAGCCAGACCGCCGCUUAUGGUAGCCAGACCGCCGCUUAUGGGAGCCAGCCCAAUGCUUAUGGGAGCCAGACCGCCGCUUAUGGAAGCCAGCCCAAUGCUUAUGGGAGCCAGACCGCCGCUUAUGGGAGCCAGUCCAAUGCUUAUGGGAGCCAGAACGCUGCAUAUGUAACACCAUCGACGCCAUAUGGGUCAGAUCAAGCAUCUUAUGGCAACCAAGGUUCUUCAUAUGGGGCCCAAGGGUCUGCAUUGUCUGCCUAUGGCACUCAAAUGCCAUCACUAGGGUCGUCCAUAAGCGGGCAAACUUCGUCAAACAUUUAUGCUUCACAGCCAUCUUCUACUACCCCUUAUGCUGCGGCGUCAGCAGCACUGGCUAGUGCAUAUCGGCAGCAACAGAGCUCUGGCUGCGAGGCACAGUUCUCUAACCUCGGUCAACCACCUGCAAUGUCCAAUAUGCCACCUGGUAUGGCUGGUGCUACAGUGUAUGAACGCACUCGCCUUUCCCCUCCAAGUGGUGCUCUUACCGACAAUUACACCAAAACGCCAGACAAUCUUAAAAGGUUUGCUUCCGAUCGCCAUUUUUCUGAAAUGUCUGAUUACCGCCGUUUAGCAGAGUCAGAGGCUUCCUAUCGUCGAUCCCCUCCUAAAUCUCAGAUGGAGUAUCAACGCCCACUGGAUUCUUUUACUAAUUACCCGCAGUAUUCUUCUGAUUACUUAAGAACGGCACAACUUCCUUCUGGCUACCAGCGUCGUUUGUAAAGUUUGCUUUUAGGGGAACUGUAGAAUUGAGGUUAUUGGUUGAUUGAAAUGUUUGUGUAAAAACAUUGAAAGGCAGGAUUUUGUAAUUUAAAAAAAUGUAGCAUGCUUUUUAUUGGUUUGGUUUCUUGGUUGAUUUACAUAUAUAUGUAUAUAUUUUUCUUUUUAUACAUUCCUUCACACUUGCCGUGAUGACGUGCAGAGUAUAGACUGCUUCAGGCUCAGUCAUGAAUAACCACUUUGCUAUUCUUUACUACUUUGCAGGUAUACAGACUGUACCAAAAUGUUACUUUGUAGACAAAAAAAUGUUAAUUACCCACCGGAUUGUGGUUUUCUCGCCUGUCGCUAUGUAUUAAAAUUUAAGAUGAAAUGGUGUAUAAUGCAUAUGACUUUGGAGCUGGGAUUUGUAAGUUGGGGAAAUUAUAUUUUGGAGGGCUUUCUCGAGCAAAUUUAUAUUAAAGAAUGCAGUAUUUUGUUCUUACAUAAAA